AUGGAUAAUAACUUGUGCUUUCCGCUCACUAAAGCGGUUCGAAAUGAUGAAAAAUUUCCCUUCAGAAGCAUCAAGCACUACACAAAUCCUAACGAUAGUGAACCGGAUAGUUUUGAAGUUAUGAAAUCGCGUAUGGGUUACACAGCACAGAAAAGCAUCGAGCGGCUUGAGAGAAUGGGACGGAAGCCCGCUAUAUGGUACUUUUGUCCUUCUUAUUAA